AUGGAUACUUCUCUAAAGAACCCAACGUCUGUCCACACUCAAGUCACGGAUGCGAGUCAAGAUACAGAAGCAUCGCACCACGAAUUCUUUGAAAACAGCUCGAUCGAGUCUCUGACAUGGAGCGACAUAGACGUGAGCAUCAAAGACCGAAAGACCCAAGGGCAUAAGUUGAUCCUCACGUCUUGUUCGGGUCGAGUUGAGCGCGGUCAGGUUCUUGCACUGAUGGGACCGAGUGGAAGUGGCAAGAGUACCAUACUCAACAUCUUGGCCAGCAGGACGAAACUGUCAUACACGGGCUCAGUGCACGUCAACCGACGCGCCAUCUCCGGAACCUCCAUGCAUGAUGUUUCUGCUUACGUGCAGCAAGAAGACAGGAAUCUCGGCGGACUCACAGUAGCCGAGAGCAUCCGGUUCACGUCAAGAUUGGCCAACCCGGACAUGUCUAAGCAGCAACAAGCGUGGCUCAAUGGAGAAGUCAUUCGAGCACUUGGAUUGGAAGCUCAGCGAGACACGAUUAUAGCUUCGCCAUUUCGUAACAGCCUCAGUGGCGGGCAGAAGCGCCGUCUCAGUCUAGCAACUGCCCUUGUGACUGGUCCGAGGAUUCUUUUCUUGGAUGAACCAACGAGCGGCCUUGACUCUGUUGCCAGUCAUGAGGUCAUGACGUUCAUCACUCGAUUCGCAAAACAGUACGGAAUCAUUGUCAUUGCAUCGAUUCAUCAACCGUCGAGUUCAACUCUGAGCUUGUUUGAUCUGGUAAUGCUUAUAUCCGCUGGCCAGACAUGCUACUUUGGACCACAAGCCGAGCUGGUGUCGUACUUCAGUAGUAGUUGUACUAUUCCACAAUACUGCAAUCCGGCCGAAUUUCUUCUAAACUUGCUCAAUACGGACUUCUGUCGAGAUGACAGUAAAGAGCGGCAGGUUGAGCUAUUUGUCACGAAAUGGAGUUCGUCGCAGCGAAUGAGAGCGGCUACGCAUUCCUCUGUUGGAAGUUUCAGUCCUAUCAAAUCGGCAAGAGCAACCAACGUGCAGGCUUGUUAUACCCUGCUCCACAGAAAUUUUAUCAAGUCUUAUCGUGAUCCAUUGGUCUACGGUUCUAGGCUAGCCAUUAAUAUCGGACUUGCUCUGGUGGUUGGUGCUGUCUGGUUACGUCUGCCCAGCACACAAUCGUCCAUACAGCCUCUCGUGAAUUGCUUGUUCUUCAGCUCAGCAUUCAUGGCUCUGAUGGCUGUCGCGUAUGCGCCAGCGAUUAUUGAAGACAUAAGACUGCUCGAAGAGGAGUACAUCAAUCGACUCUACAAUCCACUCCCCUUCGUUUUUGCCAACUUCAUCAUCGGUCUCAUCUGGUUGUUCAUGGUUGCUUUGUCGUUCAGUCUGAUCGUGUUCUGGUUAGCGAACCUUUCUGGUGGAAUCCGUGGCGUUGCUACCUUUACCCUGUGGCUUUUCAUCGACCUUUUAGCUGCCGAAAGCAUGGUGGUUUUUGUUGCCGCCUUGGUCCCCCAGUUUGUGACAUCGUUGGCUCGGGUCUCGUUCGCGAAUGGACUUUGGCUCGCAGUGGGAGGGUUCCUGGUUCCGAAGAGUAUCCUCAACUCCUUCUGGAGAUGUAAGUCCAGUCCAACGUACGUCUUCCAGGGCUUGAUGCUAAACCAGUUCCGUGACUCAACUUUUGCUUGCGAAAAACUGCCGGAUGGCCAAUACUUCUGUAUGUAUGCCAGUGAUAAGGCACCACAAGGAGUCAUAGCAGGCUCAGCGAUCCUUGAUGCGUAUGGCUAUACCCACAGAUCUCGAGUAUGGUUGUGGUGGACACUCUACUCUCUGCUGAUCAUUUUCGCCCACCGUGUGCUCGGUCUCACCGCUCUAUGGUGGAGAGUCAGACGCUGA